AACCAAGUAUGUAGUGUGUGUUUCUAUCCGGAUCCUUCACGAGUUGCACACAAUACGCUUGAAAAAUUCUUUAGCGGGCCAGGAAAACCACGACGGGAUCGAUCAAUAAACGGCGCUUGUAGUUUAUUUGUGUAUUUGGGGAAGUUAUCAUGGAGGUGGAAGACCCUAUAUCUGCCAAAUUUCGGACUAUCGUUGAGGCACUCAUGAUAAAGACAACGUCAGAGAUUGUGAAGGUUUUUGCUGACGUCAUGUUGGAGACGAGAAUGGAGAUCUCUCGUAGCUGGAGGGAAAUUGAUGACCUGAAGCAGGAGUUGGAACAGAGAGAAAAGCAGCGAGCAGAGUCCAAUUUCAGAAGUCAAAUGACUCAAGUGACUUUCAAAACCGAAGAGGAUGACGUGGUGGUGUCCCAGCAGAGUCCUGUGAUUCUUGAAAGUACAGAAAGCAGGGGUGAAGUGCAAAUAUCUGAAGAUGCCACAGUUGAGGAAACGGACACCGGACAGAACAGCGUAUCAGGUCUUGAACAAGCAGCUCCAGAAAUUACAACACGGGAAACAUCUGUCCCAGAGGCUCAGGUGACUCAGUUAGAAGUUAGACAUAAAAGAGGUCGUCCAUCUACAUCCCAUACAGUCUCAAAGCAUCAAACAUCUGUCCCAGAGGCCCAGGUGACUCAGUUAGAGGGUAGACAUAAAAGAGGUCGUCCAUCUACAUCUCAUACAGUCUCAGCGCAUCAAACCUCUGCCAGAGAGACCAAAGUGCUGCCAAACUCUCCAAUCCAAGCCCUUUCAGUGGCCAGCCCCCAGAAACCAUCCUCUAGCACAGACAGUCUAAUUCUGAGUAAUAGGUCACAGGGAAAGAGGGCAGUGGUGUCAAAGAAAAAAUACAUGCAAAAAAGAAAUACUGCCACACAAAGCAACAGUGUAACACACACACUCCGUGACAGGCACCUCCUGAGUAGCCAGAAACCUUGUCUGUGCUGCACUUCAGGCCAAUGCCCAGAGCAACAACACAAGCUGAAAAAGAAUUCACCAGUGGCUUCAUGUGGGUACACCUGCACUGACUGUGGGACAAAGUUUCAGGAAAGGACAGAGUUUAAGAGCCACAAGUGCUUCAGCAAGCCUAAGUGCAACAGGUGUGGACAGACGUUCACCAGUCUGAGGACCCUGGCCAGUCACAAUCGGCGUGUACCCCCUGCAUUGAAGAAGCCAUUCCCAUAUAAAUGCUACCUCUGUGAUCACAUGUUUGCUACUCGGUGUGGCUGGAACAUACACAAGCGGAUCCAUGCCCAUGGUCAUGUUUCUGAGAUUGGUCAGCAAGAUAUCCCCAGCCCCUCCCAUUCAUUUCCAGUGCCUAAAGAACUAAAGGCCAAGGUGGAGGUUCGCUUGGAGAGAAUUUCAGAGGCUCAGCUGGAAGCUGCAUUAUUUCCUAAAGGUUCGUUGUUGCUAGAUGAUAAAAACAGUGUGAGCUCUGUGGGGCCAUCCAAGAACCUGUCCUCAGUCGUGGAACCCACACCAUUUACAGGGAGCUCUAAUAAACCAUCUACAGGCACAACCAGGAAUGCAUCCAUGUUAAAUAAGGAAUCUGUAUCUAACAGCUAUACAGAACUUGUCAUGGAAUGCCAGGCUUCCAGUUCAGGGACUGAAUCAAGUGAAAGUUUUAGGCAGUCAGAUGAUGGGACAGAAGAUUCAGUUUUUCCAACUGCCGCUAGCAAAAACCAGCCAGCAGAAAAGUGGACCCAGUCAAAGUCAUUGAUUGCACGUAGAGUUGAUAGUGUGGAGUGUGAUGAAGGUUCAUCCAGUGCAAGUGAAGACUUACCAAAAGGAUUAAAUUCACUUUCACGUAAACGGAAGAUGUCAGAUUGCAAUCAUGACAUGUACAAUGGUGUGUUUCCUGUUGAGAAAAUUCUUAGAUGGAGAAAUACAAAGGGUCGAAAUGAAGUCAGAAUCAAGUGGAUGCCUUGCUCAUUAUGUGGGGCAAAAUGGAAAAACACAUGGGAGCCAGCAGAAAGCUUUAUCUCUUAUAAAGAUGGCAAAAAUGAAGAAACUGGAAACAUAUACAAACAGAAUUAAAAAGUGUGGUGACAUUUAAUGUUUGGGCUCACUGUACAAAUGGCAUAUGGCUUAGGAACUGAGAAUGUUGGUCGAUUUACUGAUUUUAGAUUGAGUUCUGUGCUUUGUGUUUGGGCACACAAAAGGCAAGAACUGGAUUCUAGAGUAGUAGUACCAUGGGGUGUAUUAUUCUACUGACAUGGUACUGCAUGAAUGCUACCGCAUGCUCUGGUGUUGAAACCCUUUCCAGUACUUUUUAGCAAAAUCACUGGUCUUAUGUUUGCUAAUUUCUGUAAACAGAUAUAUGAUGCUGUGAGAACAGCUUGUCCGACAUGUAUGUAAAACAGUAAUUAAUUAAAGAUAGAAUACAUGAUUAAGAUUAAAUUAUUUUAGGGAUUCUGGCAUAUUAAAUGAAAUUGUAUACAAAGCAAACAGCAAAUGAGUCAGGUCUUAAGACAUUUUGAAUUGCUGCACAGAAUCCUGGAACUAUACUGCAUAUUUAAUAAUCUGUGCUUUUCUACUCACGUAGAAGUUUUAUAAUCUAAUGUGCAACACCCUUAAGUAAAGAUUUUGAUUAAUUGCAAGCAUACAGGCCACGAGAUCCACAUGUUCUGUUCCUUUCAGUUCAUUUGUUGGUUUACUGCAGCACAUGAAAGUUGGUUUGGUUCCUUUGUGGUAAGAAUCUAGUUUUGUUAAUCAUCAUUUUUUAUUGCUUGAUAAACUAUAGGCUGCAUCACCUAAUAAAAGGCUUUUGUGUUUAAGAGCAUUUCUGAAUUCAACUAUAAAGAUAGCAAUAUUAAACAUGGUUGUACAGUCAAUGAUGUCCUCAGCAUUGACUUUGUUUGAGAUUAUGAAUUUGUUAUUUUUGUGGUACUUGGGAAAGCAUUGCAUUACAUGGUUUUAUUGUGUACAUUGCUUUGGGUGACUGGUUUAGUAUUAAAUAUUUAAUGCUAUUACUGUUCAUCAUAAGGUACUUGAUAUCCUCUAUGAAUUCAGAGUAAUACAUGUUUGUGUUUUAAAAUGUUGAAUAGUAAGUGAUCAGUAUUCCCAAAAUUCACGUGUAGAAACAUCCUGUUUUGUCCUUUUAAAUUUUAAGAGCAUUUUGAUCAGCUGAUCGAGCUAAUGGCAGUGCUUAUGUGUAGCUCCACCUUAGUGAAAAAUAUAAAAAUAUAUUUAUAUACAUUUCUGACUGUUCAGCUGUUUGUUUUUUUUUUUUUCACGUCAAUUUUUUAAAAUGUGUAUCCUUUUUUUAAUUGCUUGGUUUUUAAUUUUUAUUUUUUUUUAUUUUUAGCAUAUUAUCUAAAAAAUCUUUGCUGAUGACUCCAGGUUGCUGCAAAAAUAAAUGGAAUGUCAGUUUGAAAGUU